AUUAGCGGAUUCGUGAAUGAGGUCCCCGGUAGGACUCCACCAUGCGACAUCGAGGCCAUCUCCAGUCUGCCGCUCGCGCUUGCGCUUCGUUCGUGGCAACUUUAACUAUAUGGCAUUUCGUAGGCACACCAAUACAUGGUCUGGCGCCAAACAUCGACUACUCUCACAACAUGCGCAUCCUCCGUUUACCAAAAUCUACCCCGGUCGGCACUAUCGUCUACAGGCUAAAAGGUUCAGACUCGCAUACCACAACGCUAAAAUUCGGAGCGCGGAAUCAAGAAGGUCGAGAAUUGCUCGAAUUUAACUCCGUUAACAUUAAUCAGGCGGACGUUAUCCUUAAAGCGCCACUCAAGAAAGAAAACUAUUCGGUUACAUUAUUUGUCACCGAUGGAAAGGAGACAACCGAAGUAGAUUCGAGUAUCGUGGUAACAAACGGUUCACUUUCUAAUCCGUUUGUAAACACAGAGACCGUCGUAAAAGUCCCCGAGAACACGCCACUUAAUACAACUGUUGGCCAUAUUAGGGCAAGGGAUAACCCGAACAGCUACCUUCCCGUCGUAUUCGAAGUCAUUGGUUCAUCGAAAUUUUAUAUAAAAUAUAUUUUCGGCCCGAAGGGAGUCAGUUCGGGAGAACUGCAACUAAAAAUGCCGUUAGACUACGAAGCUCAGAACGUCUACUAUAUAAAAGUGGCCGCCAUUAAUACGUGGACCGAUCAUGAGUUUGACACGCGGAACAUCAUUAUACUUCCACUUUGCAUCGUUGUUGAAGAUACUCCCGACACUCCGCCAUAUUUCAUUGGGAUUCCCCCCGUUAUUGUCGUAAAUGAUAACACCCAGGCGGGCACUGUUAUACACCGAAUACGUGCUGUUGACGGGGAUUUCGGAGCUCCUCGGAAUAUGUCCUACCUCUCAGACCCGCGCAGCGAUUGGGCAGAUUUUUUUCGUAUAGAGCCACACACAGGUGAUCUGUCAUUGCUGCGUGACGGCAAGGAACUUAUAGAACGAUCUUGUACGGUGUCGUUGUCCAUUCUCAAAGUUACCGCACGAGAGGUAGAAAGCAGCCAGGAAUAUCCGCCUCUGCAGGUGUCGACGGAGUUCGCAGUAGCCGUCGUCUCUGAAGAAAAUCACGUGCCACAGUUCGCUGCCGGGAAACGUAUACUUGGGCAGAUUGCUGAGCAAAGCCCCGUGAACAGUGCUGUCAAAUGGACUCCAGGGCAGUCAAAUAAGGUGUUCGAUAAAGACACUGGCAUUAACUCGACAUUUAAGUUAGAGUUAGAGGAUGACGUUGUUGCAGCGUUCGAAGUCGUCCCGCGUCACGUGUUACGGGAAGCCGAGUUUUCACUAGUUGUAAGGGACCCUUCUAAACUUCGUUUUGAUCCUCUCAAAGAUCCCCGUCUCACGAUGAAGGUUAGUGCAAUGGAAACCGAGUCGCUCGUCCCGCUAUCAGCACAAAUCGAAGUCGUGGUUGAAAUAAUUGACAUCAACGAUCAUUUUCCACUGUUCGGUCAGGACAGCUACACUGCUUAUGUGAAGGAGGAUGCUCUACCCGGAACUCAAGUCAUCACAGUUACCGCAACAGACGAGGACAGUGGACUUCACGGAAAGGUUCGGUACACAGCAUUAUUGGGACCAAUGGCGAGCAGUUUUGCGCUCGAUCCUCAAACGGGCAGCAUUACAUUAGUAAGCUCGCGGGGUCUUGAUCGCGAGAAGAUAGCUGAAUACCUAUUAGCUGUUGAAGCGCGCGAUGAGGAUGGAAACGGUCACAAGACGUUAGCGCAGUUACGCGUAGUGGUCGACGAUGCAAACGACAAUACGCCGAUAUUUCUCCAACCGCGUUACGAUGCGGUUUUAACCUCGGCAAAGGAUAAUUUCACUCAGCCACUUGUCGUAAAGGCUGUGGAUACAGAUAGUCCAGGUCCAAACAGCGACGUCACCUACGAAAUCAUCUCAGGCAACUUUGAGGACAAAUUUAUUAUUGAGCCCCAGCAGGGACUCAUCGUGCUCAAGGAACCAUUGUCGGCGGUAUCGAGAACAAUCAAAUUGGUCGUUCGGGCCCAUGAUAACGGUAUCCCCAUACAAACGUCAACAGUUUCCAUCUACAUUCACAGCCAAGAGUACCUUACACGCAGCUUGGCCGUGGUGAUUCCGCGUUCGUCUUUCGAUAUCCAGUCAGAGAGGUCCCGAUAUGAAAAGGGCCUCUCUGACCUUUUCGGAGCACAAGUUUCCAUUGUCAAUGUCGGGACCUAUAAUGACUCCUCCAGAAAUGCUUCAUUGAUCGAGACCCAAGCAACGUAUGAUCAACGUCGUGUUGACCUUAACGAGGCUCUGUGGUUUCUAAAAGUUCUCGCUGAAGGCCUUGUACGACCUAAGCCGGAAUCAACUGUAGAUGGUUCCAGUGUCGACGGACCAAAAAGCGGUAAUAGCGGCAGUACAGGAUCUGAAGUCGAUUUUGGGAAGGACCACAGUGACAGGGACACCAACGAUCAGGCCGGCGGAGGCAGUGGUGCUACAAAUGGUAGUCAUAGCGACAUUGACGCUGAAUGGGGCAGUGGACGAGGAAGUAAAUUACUGCCUUCAUCGAGCAACAGGGACUCUGUCCACAAGCAACAGCAGGAAGUAAUGCAUACAGGUAUCGACGAACGGAUUUUAUGGAUUCUCGUCGUGUGCUUUCUGCUAGCCAUACUGAUUCUACUUGUUUGUCUCCUUUGCUGCUGCUGGAGAAAUUCUUUCCGAACAACAUCUGUGCCUGCAAUCGACUACAAGCAUCAAUCAAACUUCGGUCUUCCGUCGCCACCCCUUACACAACAUCCAUCGCAUCUCGGAUACGACCAGUCCUACAUGUCUCAUAGCAACACCUUACAAAGAGACCAUGCCAUGCAGGCGGACACCUCUAUUUUAAUCGAUCCAAGCACAGGUCGGCGAAGUAAUGCCAAUAACACGUUGGACAAGUCAUACAGGUCAUCCUUAAACCGCAGUGACCAACGCAGUGUCGUGACGAGAGCCGCCGAUCACCGUGAAGCCCCCCUCUAUGAAGAAACGGACGACAACGAAAAUGCCGAGGAUUCAUAUAGUCGCCAUCGAUAUAUACUCAAGGAACUACGACGACAACGGGGCCAACGAAAGGGCCAGCAAAGGGGAGGUGAUGCAGGAGCCGAUGUACGCAGAGUAGGCUCUUACGUGCUUAUUAAAAAAAUCCUACCCGAUGGAAGGUUUCGUGAUCGUGAAGACUCGCUUAGCGAUUUAGCCGCUUCCCUGACGCAGAGCAACCAUACGAAUUUCUUACCAAGAAGACGGCAAAGGAGAGUCCGUCCUACGGAUAAUAAACGUAGUGAUCUCGAAAGUGAUUGCUUCUUUGAAGAAAGGCGAAUGGAGCCUAAAAAAACUGAAAUCCUCUAUAUCAAAACGCCUCCAGCACCAGCGAAAAACGAAGAGCUUAACUCGUUAGAUUCGUUUGACGCAACCAUCGCCGUUUCAGCGGACGAGCACUUCAAUGAGGAACUUAAGCAAUGUUUAGCCCGAUCCAGAACCGUUCGUAAUCAAAAUCGGAAAGAGAAAAUUGUAGGGCAUCAGCAACAGCCGCAACACAAACAGGACUCUCAACAGCAACAAGCGUCAGGACAAACAGGGGCUAAUGAGAAAUAUCCGACAUCAGGAACAAGUGUUGCCAGCGAAAGUGAGCAGAAGUCUGUCAGUUUUGGUGAGGAAAGAAGAGGACUUUAUCAACGUCAUCGGAUUAAUAAUUUGCGCAGCUCGGAUGAUAUGCCAGUCACAUCUACGCCACUUAAGCCAACGUUGCCACGGCCUGCCAGUAGCGAUAACAACAACGUUUGUAAUAUAAACAACUGGAAUAAUAUUAACAACAACAACAACAACAAGCAAGUGAUUCAAAACAAUAAGGACAUAACGGAUGAUUUUCUGAAAGAGGGUCGCGAUUCGAGUGUGAUAGCCCAAAGCGAAAUAACAGAUGUGGCCACCACCAACAAGAUGACGUCGGUAUCUGCCGCUUCAGACUCAACGCGGGGUUUUCGCUUCAGUCGCGACACUGUUGUGAAAGGCAGAAAAACUGACGUUUCUGAAGAUGAUUCGGACUCGGGGAUCGGCGGUGGUCCCGUUAUGACAUUGAGGAAUCCGUAUUUUAAGAAGAAGAGUAUAUUUACCAUAACAUAUGACGAUGUCCGCCGAACAGAACCACUAAGGACCGCGUGUAGGGAUUCCCCGUGACCAAAAAGAGUUUCAAGAGGGAUCUUUGAGGAAAUGUUUGUCUUUGUCGAUUGUCGAUUGUCGAUUGUCGAUUGAAAGUAGAAAUCAGAAGAACACAAAGAGAAUGCCCUCUCCAACACUUGUUACUGGAUGUUCUAGAAUGUGAUGUAUUAGAAUGGAUUAGUUGGUUCGUAUAUGUAUCAUACUAUGUCAUGGAUGUUGGUCGUGCAUUCGGCAGGGACCAGGUGCCAGAAUCUGCCAAGCCGAUUUAGAGCACAGUGUGCCAAGUACGAACCAGAUCUAGGUAGCGAGUAGUUUAGCACCUAAUACUGAGAGCAAGCAGGCUGCCUAUGAGGUCUAACCCUACCGAAUGCGAAGUAAGCGUAAUGAAGUAAUACUGAAUUAUAAUGAUAAAAAUAGACUUAAUAAAUGUCUCCACAUUUGAAUAAUUCUGCGCGUGACAAAGACCGUCUAAUAAUUACAAAAAUAAAGACUGUUAUAAGUCUAUGAUAACAAGUUGUAAAAUGUCCCUCCGAUCUUACAAAUGUGUGAUAUACAUUGUAACAUCAUAAGGCGAGCAGCAGACCAACUCCGUCCUUGACAGCUUUUUUUUGGCGGCAGAUGCAAGUGGCAAGAAUUAGAGCCCACUACAAAAAUGGUACUGACGUUUUAUUAAAUGAGCAAAAUUUUUUUGUCUAACUUGUGUCAGGCUGAAGCAACAACGUUGUGUGUUAAAUUACAUAGCUUGUUUUCUUCAAGAGUUUGUAUUAGUCCCAUUGAAAGAGCCGUUGUUCUUGAAAGGAGUUAAUUUUUCAUAUUUACGAAUUAUUCAUUCGCCAAACAAAAAUUAACUGGUAUAAUUUGUAUUUUAGGUCCUCGCUAGUUAAAAACAAAGUUUACAUUUCAGACUGCCGUUUACAGGCUGCUGUUGAUGGGUGGAGUGUACCUAGAUCCAGUGCGCUACAAGGGUGCACUUAUCAUAGAAGUAAUAAAUUGAAAAUCUAUAAAAUAAAUGACGCCUCAAUAGCAUAGCGGUAUAAGUUGUGAUACACUUCAUGUUUUUGUGGCAUACACAGUUAAAUAUACUUUUAGGUUUAUUUUUUACGUGCACAGAUUUCACUAGGACAAUACGGGUCAAUAGGUCACGAAGCCUUAAUAUGGCUUUUCACAUUGAACAGGCGGUCAUUUCUAAGAUGUCCAUUACAUGUAUAGUG